UUCCUCUGCACUUCCUGCUUUCACCGCAGAGGAGAAGUGGGACUGAACGAAAACAAAAUGCGAUAGUUUAACUUUACUGAUGAGCUGGGGUCAAUGACAGCGUUAACAACUCUUCUCGGCAUAGCUCACCAACCUCUUAGCUAAAUGUCAUAUCUCUUUACCUAAAGCGCGUGGCAUUAAUAUAACAUUAAGCAUGCAGUUUCCUCCCACCAAUGGAGACUUUACGUUCGUCUCUUCGACAGAAGCUGAAGAGCUCAGCGGCACCAUCAGUGCUCCGGACAUCAAGCUGAACCUGGGCAGUGAGAAUGGGAAAGACCCGUAUGCCACCACCUUCCUGAGGCAGCGAGGCUACGGCUGGCUGCUGGAGGUGGAGGAGGAUGAGAGUGAAGAGAGCAAACCUCUGCUGGAGGAGUUGGACAUCGACCUGAAGGACAUCUAUUACAAAAUCCGCUGUGUGCUGAUGCCCAUGCCGUCUCUGGGUUUCAACCGGCAGGUGGUCAGGGACAACCCAGACUUCUGGGGUCCUCUGGCCGUGGUGCUGCUCUUCUCCAUGAUCUCCAUCUACGGACAGUUCAGGGUCGUGUCUUGGAUCAUCACCAUCUGGAUAUUUGGCUCACUAACAAUCUUCCUGCUGGCUCGUGUUCUGGGUGGUGAGGUUUCCUUCGGCCAGGUUCUUGGAGUGAUAGGAUAUUCCCUUCUGCCUCUCAUCGUUAUCGCUCCGUUACUCUUGGUGAUUGGAGGGUUUGAGAUGGUUUCUACACUAAUCAAACUGUUCGGAGUGUUCUGGGCUGCUUACAGCGCGGCGUCACUGCUCGUCGGAGAUGAAUUCAAAACCAAGAAGCCCCUCCUCAUAUAUCCAAUUUUCCUUUUGUACAUCUACUUCCUAUCAUUAUAUACUGGUGUGUGACUGGAUGAGCUUCACUUUUGGACAUUUUCAUGGACAUCGACCCUGGAGCAUGGGGGAGGUUGGGUCAAAUGGAAACAAUGGAACAAGAUUUUUUUUAAAAGGUGUUUAUUUCUUUUUAAACUGUUAAAUUGUAGAAGGUGGGGAGUAGGAAAUAUAUAUCAUUGUAUAUAGGUGUCUCUUGUCUUUGGUCAAUUAAAAUGUGUAUGCUUUUACAGCUUAGCCUAACCCCUUAAACAGGAUGCAGACGUCUCCUAAAACACCAGGCAGAAGUUGCAGGGUUAUAUAUUAGUUAAAUUAUUUCAUUUUUAUUAAUUAUCCCUAUGAAGAAUUUGAUGCCACAUUUUUGUAGUGCAUAUAUUCAUGCUCAAAGAAGAAUUGAUGAAAAUAAUGGGAUGGUACUAAAAAAAGAUUGUUUUGCAUAACUUUUUCAUUGCUAUGCGCUGAAUGAAUGAAAACUCCCAUUUAUGCUUUUCAUUUUUCACAGACGUGUUUUCUUAAUUUAUGGAUUUCAGCAGCUGAAGUGGGUCACAUGGAGAAGUUGGAGUGAUAUUGAAACCAUAUCUGCUGAAUAUGGUGCCUUGUUUUUUCACCCCGGUUCCCAUUUAAUACAGAGACCAAAUCAUUUGAUCAAUAAUUUCAGUAAAUGAAUAGUUAUUUGUUCCUUCUGUUCCUGGCUGAGUUUUUCAAAUGAUUAACACAGUUGGCCAAACUAAUAUCUUAAACAGUUGUGUAUACUGCAACAGGUUCCAUUCAUCCAAAACAUCCCAUUAAAAACUGUUAAGUCAUCAUGAGGUAUAUGUGCCCUCUGAGAUGUCCACUGUGGGGCGCUAUAGAGCAGCCACUAAUUCCCCUGUUGGUGUAUAUCCACUGUAGAACAUGUAAACCAGCGAAAUUAAAUGAUCUUUGUCA